GAAGCUGUUGAUCCACUGACAGGUGGAUAAAUUCCGUCUUUAUUUUUUCUGUAUUUAUAUGAAACAGUUGAAAAUCAUUAAUUUAUUUGGGUUGGUAGGGGGGCUCCUUGUUUUUGCUAUUUUACCAAUAAGUAUUGGGAGUUUGAGCUUGUUUGUCCCAUCACGCUUGCCUUAGUAUUUUUAUCCUUUCUGACGCCAACUGUUUCUUCUUUUAGCUGUAACGUCGGUACAGAUUCAUUUGCUGUAGUGGUUUGCUUUUGUUACCAGUUUCAUUUUAUUCGCUUUUACGCCGAUAUUUUACUGGACGAGACAACUCGUAUUUUCUAAGUUAGCAUUUAUAGCUUCGACAUAACAGGGUUCGCUAAACAGGAGUUUCUAUGGGUCUGUUUUUGUAGGAUGGGUACUUUGUCUAAGUUAACUGUCACCGUGCUCCUUUCUCUUUCUUUGCUAGUGUGUUUACACAGGGACCUUUUGUUCAGCAAUGAAGGCAGACUCGUUUGGUCAGUUCAUUACGAUCAUAAUGAGGUUAUAGCACAUAAAAAGACUGGUUAUUAUUAUCCUGGAGUACCAAAGAGUAUUUCAAAGAAUGAUAUCCACCCAGAAAGCCUCCAAAGUUCUGGGAAUUCCAGACAAACUGAAUGCACCACGGCUCCGGGGAGUCGGUUUGACUGUGGCAGGGACAGGCUGCCGAGCCAGGAGGAGUGUGAGGAGAGGGGGUGCUGCUAUGCUCCUCUGACCAGAUCUGCAGGACCACCCUGGUGCUUCUACCCUGCUCUGUACCCAGGCUAUACCAUGGGACCCCUCACCCCCAGUAGGAGGGGUCAAAUUGCCACCCUGUCCCGGGUCAACCUAUCCUAUCUUCCCAAAGAUAUUUCUACUCUGAGCCUGGAUGUCAUAGAGGAGUCUUCAAGUUGCUUUCACAUUGUUGUAAAGGACCCCUCCUCUCAGCGGUAUGAAGUCCCCCUCCCAGGUGGCACUCCUCAGACAGAAGCGUAUACCCAGGAUGUCCUCUACACCACAGAAUACCAGCAUGAUCCCUUCGGUUUCGUAGUGCAACGCAAGUCCAAUGGAAGGGUCCUGAUGAACACCACAGUUGCUCCCUUGCUGUUUGCUGACCAGUACCUGCAGCUGUCCACCACACUGGCCUCCUCCCUGGUGUCUGGCCUUGGAGAGCAUUACACGCCUCUCGUCCUGGACCUGAACUGGACAUCACUGACUCUUUGGAACAGAGACAUGGCCCCACAUGCUGACGCUAACCUCUAUGGCUCCCAUCCAUUUUAUAUGGUGCAGGAAGAGAACGGCUUUGCACAUGGAGCUUUCCUUCUCAACAGCAAUGCAAUCGAAGUGAUGCUGCAGCCAACUCCAGCUCUCACCUGGGUGUCCACUGGUGGAAUCCUGGAUCUGUACAUUUUUUUGGGCCCUGACCCUCAAAGUGUGAUACGACAGUACCUCCAGGUCAUUGGGUAUCCCAUGAUGCCUCCUUAUUGGUCACUGGGCUUUCAUCUUUGUCGCUGGGGUUAUGUGACUAGUAAUGCAACUCGCAUGGUUGCACAACGCAUGCACAGUGCAAACUUUCCCAUGGAUGUACAGUGGAAUGACUUAGACUAUGCAGACAAGCGAAGGGUGUUUACCUUUGACCCGAUGCGAUUUGGUGACCUUCCAGAGAUGGUGCAGGAGUUUCAUAAGAAAGGCAUGAAGUACAUCCUCAUUCUGGACCCAGGCAUUAGCAGCACCAGCCCCCCUGGAACAUACCCUCCUUUUGAAGACGGUGUGAAACGAGAUGUAUUUCUUAAAAAUGCAACUGGGCACAUUCUGAUAGGGAAGGUUUGGCCCGGCCCGACAGCAUUUCCUGACUUCACCAACCCUGAGGCCAGGCAGUGGUGGGAGGACUGCAUCAGAAUCUUUUAUUCCAAAGUUCCUGUAGAUGGUGUGUGGAUUGAUAUGAAUGAACCAUCCAGUUUCGUCCAGGGAUCAGUGGAGGGCUGCCCCGACAAUGAGCUUGAGAAACCACCAUACACGCCCAGGGUGGUUGGCGGCCAGUUAAACUCAGGAAAUCAGCAGAAUUUGUCCAGUCAUUACAACCUGCACAAUCUGUACGGAUUGACUGAAGCUUAUGCAACGCACAGUGCUCUCAUGAAGAUUCAGGGGAGUAGAUCCUUUGUUUUGUCUCGAUCCUCUUUCCCUGGCAUUGGGUGUUUUUCUGCAGUGUGGACAGGAGAUGUGAGGAGUGACUGGGAACAGCUUCGGUUCUCCAUCGCUGCGGUGCUGCAGUUCAGCCUGUUUGGAGUGCCCCUGGUGGGAGCGGACAUCUGCGGCUUCGAAGGCAACACCACAGAGGAGUUGUGUGUGCGAUGGAUGCAGCUUGGUGCCUUUUAUCCAUUGAUGAGGAACCACAAUGACAAGCCCAACGCUCCUCAAGAGCCGUAUGUAUUUGGGCAGAAGGCCCGAGCAGCCAUGCGGAGUGCGUUGAACCUUCGCUACUCCCUUCUCCCGUUCCUCUAUACAAUCUUCCAUCAUGCGCACACAUCUGCUGACACUGUUGCUAGGCCCCUCUUCAUGGAGUUUCCCACCGACCCUAACUGUCUGACCCUAGACCAACAGUUCCUGUGGGGGAGUUCACUUCUCAUCAGUCCAGUUUUAGAGCAAGGGGCGGUAGAACUGAGAAUCUACCUGCCAGCUGGCUCUUGUACCAAGUGCAUAAUGUGAGUGGCCACACAGGUUCAUUACCGUCGACUACGGCAACAAAGACAGUCACCUGCAAAAUGUUCAAUCCCCUUGGACAUUACAACCACAAACUUCAAUGCAUUUUCUUUUAGAAAUCUUUUUACAGAUAAGAAAAUCUGAUAAGUGUGGCAUGAUUUUGUACUCGGCUCCCUUAAUCUAGAACCCUUUCAUAAAGGCUAGUGCAACCAA